CCACUAACAAAUGUUUAUGCAAUGUAGCAGCUGUUAAUGGAGAAUACGUGGGUUCCGGAACUGGAAGGCUAAGUAUUUCCUUGAAAGGAAGAAAAGGAUUAUGACUUCAAAGACAGACGGUGGAGUAAGAAACCGCCACGUUUAAGUUUGUGGAAGGCUUCUAGUGCAAUACGACACCGUAUUCUUUCUUUAUAUGUUUCAUUCUGCAACCGCCAUUACUUCUCUCUCUCUCUUUGUCUGCCAUGGAAUUCUUCUUCUGUAGGUGUUUGAAGAAGAGCUUGUUUGAUUAUGGCCGAUGAAUUACCUCCUCAUUUCGUCAGGAAUAUUGCCAUUGAUUGACCCCAUGGCCAACCUUGAAAGUAUCAUAAUUGAAACCAAACUUAAAAUAGUUGAGUGUUUAACAUAUCGUUUGUCAGGAUGGAGGGCUAUCGCAGCAUAGACUGGAAUAUGGAAGAACAACUGUCGUCUGGUAAUGUCCUGAGCAGUAAAAAGAUACGCUCCGUCCUGGAAAAGGGUUGCAAUGUGGGGAAGAAGCUUCUCAUCACUGGUUUAGCCAUAUCCUCUGCUCCUGUUGUUCUUCCUCCAUUGGUCAUUAUGUCAGCCUUUGGAUUUGUAGCUUCAAUUCCCUAUGGAGUCUUCCUUGCCUCUUAUGCUUGCACCGAGGCAUUCAUGAGUGUUUGGCUUCCUAUGCCCCCACCCCCAGAACUUGACCAAAAUGGUGACGAAGAAAUAGGGGAGGAAAAUGACUACAAGGAAGGCAUCGUCCAUGAAGAUGAAAAACAUGAGAUGGAAACAACAAAGAGUGGGGUAAUUUUGGAUGAUUUGGAUAACUACGUAGCAGUAGAUCAGGGGGACGAAGAGGACGAACGCGAACCCAACAUUGAAAGUAGAGAUCGAGGGACAGUCAUUGAAAUGACCGAUGUAGAAUUUGAAGUAAAUGAUGAUAUUGAAGAUGAGCAAGAACAGUUGGAAGAAACCAGGGGUUUGCUCAAAAGAAUCCGGGAUGAAGGAAAAAGAGAUGAUGAUUUUACUGAGGCAAAUGGAAGUGUUGAUCAUGUUCGAGAGCUCGAGAUUUUGUUGGAGGUUGCCAAACCAAGUGAUUAUACUGAAAACAGCAUCCGUGGUUUGUUGAGUGAAGUUGACUCUGCUGUUGUCCAUCCUCAUGUAGAAUAUGGAGCUUCUGAAGUCUCAAGCAAGCUUGCCCAGCCUGAGGAAGCUGAACGACCUCUUUCAGUAACAAUGAUUGAUGUGAUUGAAUCUGAAGAGGAUUUGUCUAUAUCAGCUGUGACUAUUGAACCUAAAGUUGAGGCAAAUGCUCCCCAUAAAGAUGAUAGAGUGUCUGCCAAUGAGGAACUAGCAAGCGAGUUAAAGAUAAGAGAAAAUAUUGUUUCGAUGAAGAAGAUCAUAGGAUACAAUGCCACACCAAUCGGAACAUACAUAGAUGAAGUGAAUGCUCUCUACUCCUUUGUUGGAGUCGAGCCACCUACCCCCCUGAAAGAUUCUUCUUCUGAUGAUCUCAAUCUCCUUAGCCAGAAGUUACAGUUUCUCAUGUCCAUAGUAGGGGUCAAGUAGAUGUGUUAGAAGUUUGUCAUUCAAUAAAUUGCCAUUGUGCAUUUUUGUUUCCCAAUGUCAAUAUUUCCUUAUGCUCAUCCUCAGUUUGGUUUUGUAAGUUAUGUGCCAAAUUUGGGAUCUUUUGACUACUGUAGCCUUAGAAGUUGGACCAGUAUGGCUUGUUUGAUCAAACCAUUUUGUUUUCUUUCUUUGAACUUGUUGGGUUUUAAGAAA